UAAGUGUCUUGAAUUCUAUUAGAGCAUUAAUUUUAUCACAACCCAAACAUUUGAAAGGUUUUUAUGUGAUAACAAGUUAUCAACAAUUUUUUUUUUGCAAUUUUCAUCAUUCGUGAGAUUUGGUUUUAAUAACUAAAAAUCUCUUUUGCAUAGCAAUUCACAAGAGAUUUUCAUAUUUUCGUAAUAAUAGAACCUGAAUAUGUUUAUACGGUGGAGAGUACUUAAUGAAGUUGUUUAUUAAAGUGCACAAUUCAGUAUUUAUUGUAUCUCCUCUAAUUAUACUUCAAUCCAAAAAGCACUCAAAAAUGGAGCAUUUGUGCUGAAAACGAGACGAAUGAUUAAUGUGUUAAUUUAAAACUGUUCGAAGCAGUUGCAAAACGUUGAAGGAAAUGCAAUCAAUUACUUCGGCCUUUCGUCAAAUAUUGCUCAUUGGAAUCUUUGGGAUGGUAAUUUGUCGCAAUAACUCCUGAAGAUUGAGAUCAACAAAACUCACAAGAGAGUGUAUUUUUGGAGGUAGAUUUUGGGUUUCGUGUAAUUCUCUUUCUUCCCCUUGAGACAGGUGCAUUCUCUUUGCGUGUUGUCCAAAGGCAGGAGGAGUCGUAUUCAAUUCACGGCACGAGCAGAGCAUGACAAAUUCCGUCUGGACACGAGUGCAUGCAAUUUAGUCACAUGAGGAGAAGAGCCUCUCUUAAGAUAUAUGUUAUGGAUUUAGUUGCGAGGAAGAGGAUGUUUAUAAAUAGAUUCUGGCAAAUUCUCUCCUUAGCUUCUACUUUGCCUCUAAAUAGUUUUGUUUAUUCGCGGGAUUUCCUCGGAUGGCGUAAAAUUCGAAAUGGGCAUCUUCCUGGGUAUCUCCCUCAUGGCAUAAAAAAAAGUAUUCUAAAGUCACUGGAGCGACCAACUGUUGGAGAAAGAACCCAUUAUUAUAGUUGAGUCACGUUGAUCUUUUUUUCCCGCUCAAUUGUCUUGGAAGUUCUUCACCUCUUAUAUAUCCCAUCAUUUCUUUCAUCGUUCUCGUGGCUUCAGCUGGUGUCUCAUUACGAAUACAAAACCCAUUACUUUUUAUAUAUUUGUUAUUCCCCAUGUGGCGAGGUUCAAAUUUUGUGUGGUGCUGACUUUAAGCAAUGGCUCUACAAUAAAAGAUCUCUUUUUCCCUGCACUUGUUGCAUUUUUUUUCAUUUGGAAAAUGAUAAUUGUUUCAGAGAAAAAAGUGUUUGGAUAAAGCUGAUAGUUUUCGUUACUCAGGGGCAAGAUUUUAAGGGCCGGAAGAAAUCUUAGAAAAGUAAAUUAUACUAAUAGGAUAAAGAUAAGAAUUAUAUUUGAAACGGUAUUAACUCACACAAUUAGUUGAGAGAGUUUUUCAUACUUGAUGUAACUUUUAUAAUUACGACACUUAAAAUCCCCCAUAAAAUCCGAAAGCUCUUAAUCUCUUAUCCAAUAGGUCAUCAACUCUGUCAUCUUCGCUACUUCUUCCCACAAUUCAUAAUAUUUAUUCCUUCUAGAAGAGAAGCACAAAAAAUGACUAAAGAAAAUGGUAAACGCAUGUCUUUUAAAAAUAAAAUCACGAGAACGUCCAAUUCAUAAGUCGUCUGUUUUCGUUUUCUGGGCUCCAUAAAAACACAUGAGAAAAUUUUGGUAUUAAUUUUCAUAAUGCAGACGGAUUAUGGGCUGCAAAUCAAUAACUUGGGCGUUUGUUUAUUCACACCCAAGAGGCAAUAAACACCUUUUCUUCGUUCUCGAUUUUAAUUGAAAAUUUGACUGAGAGUAGAAGCACAUUUCUGUUUGGAUUCUAUUCCCCGAGGAUUGUGGUAUUAUUUACUUUUCAUUUAUUAAAACUAUCUAUAACUACAGAGACUGAUCCAAUUUACGAGAUUUAAUUGAAUAUCCAGAGAGGUUGAGAUGAGGCUUAUAUGGAUUACUUGGCGAGCUAGUUGCAUUGACAAAGUUGCUGCAACUACGACAAAAUUUUAUGGAUUUUGGCGGGACAAUGUUUCACUUUGUUUCUUUGUAUGAGAAUUAUUAAAUGAAACAGGGAGACAUGUAUAUUUAAAUAGCUUAUAAAUUAUUACAAAUUUGUCUCUUAUUAGAACAAAUAACUUAUUUAUGUCUAAAAAUAAAUGCUUCUCAUAGUUCUCGACAAAUUACCGGCUGAAACAACUUCAAUAUUGCUGUCUUAAGCUGAACUUUUCAUCAGUUCCAUUGAAAGCCAAUUGAGACGUAUCAUCGAAUUUUCUACAGCUUUUUCAAUUGAUCGUUGCUGAAGGCCUGAAAAGCCACUCUUGAUCUCAAUUUUCCCUGGGCUGAAAUACACCAUUCAUUAAAUGAAAAUUCAAUUAACAAGACUCCGCUCUAAAUAAUUUCCGCGACGAAAUGUGACCCAUGUCGAGACUUUCAACUUCCAUUUGGACACUGACGUCGAUAACAUAAAUAAUUUUCCUACGUGCGUCUCAUUUGGAGAAAGAUAAAUAAAAGACACGAAUACACCAAGGCAGAAAAAAAAUUGAGUCAAAGAGUGAAAGAAUAAGGCUGAAAUUGUGCCAAUAUCUUUUGAUAUAAAUUUCUUCGCGCUACACUUUUUUUUACGCACAGAACGUCUCAUCAAUCCAAUUCAACUCCAUUCACCUCAAUCACGUUCCCCAGAUAAGCUGAAAUUGAAGCUAAAUAUUUAUUGAAUUAUCGAUUUGUUGGAGUGUCUUUCUCUAUUUCCCUUUGUACAAUGGGUGUCUUUUAUUUCUAUGAUUUAUUAAUAGCGAUAAAGAAAAGUAGGAAAAACAGGAGAUAUACAGCAGUUGCAAAAAUUUCCAAUAUUUCGUAUUAUAUGUAUUUUCUUUUUCUUUGAGAUAGGGGAAGGCUUUAGGUUUCGCACACACUUUGGCUUCGAAUACUUUAUACUUUUGGCAUAUUCCUUUAGUGAAUAUGACCUAGUUAUUCAGGAAAUGUGUGACUUAAAACUAAAUUAUAAAAUAUAUUGCCAUAAGAUAGGUCACAUUCAUUAAAGGAAUAUGGGAAAAAUAUGAGUGUUCGAAGCCAGAGUGUGCGAAGCCUUUCCUAUUCUUUGUUAAUUUCCUAUUCCCUCCAAAACCAUGUUUUUUUCUAGAUUGCUCGAAAACGCGUCGUGCAGUUACCUAGGCAGACAUUUAGUCCUUAUAUUGAAAUACCGUUGAAUCAUUCCUAAGAGCAAUUUUUCAAAGUCAAAUGUUAAAAAGGCUAGGGAGCGUAUUUCUCAUCUGAGUGAUAUUAUAUUAAUUUGGGUUCGUUGGAAAGGUCUUGGAAUUUUCGAUAAAACUAAACUUGUUCCCACUUGUUCAUAACCGAUAAUUAUUUUUUAAGGGAAAAAAAUUGUAUUACUCCUAUGCUAUUUUAGGCAAUCUUUUGACUAAUUUAUGAAUCUGUUUGAAAUCCUUUCUAAAAUGGUAAACGGUAAAUGAUUCGAAAGUACUUUUGAGGCAUAGGGUAAAUGUCCUAAUUCAAAACCAUUUCCAGACGCUUUAACUUUGACAGAAGAUUCAACACUUCAAGUUCAUAUUUUUUCUGAAGAGAAUUACAUAAAUUUGCUCCUUGACUCUUCUAGAAUGUUACUGUUUAGUGAAAAUUCUUUAAAUAUAAUUUGAAAACCUCUUAAAUACAAGAAAAACACACAAGUGCAAAAUGAUUCUGUUUUGGAAACAAAUUAAUCCAAAUGGAGACAAGGGAAAGUUUCUAAUUGGAGACAAACAGCGUAAGUGAAACCGCGACGAAAGGCUUCCAAAACCUUGUUGAGUUGCUCCUGAGUGCAGGAUUUGUUCUUAUUCCUGGUCCUUUCACCUUUCCCAUCUAAAACAAUAAGAAAAUCUCUCCAAAAAAAUCAUAUUUCCGGUAUUUCCUAUUGAAAUGUUUGCAGACACUUCAGAAAAACCCUUUUUGUUUACAAAAUAGGUAAUUAUUUCAUUUGAAAACUUCACGUACCGUUAACAAUAAAGAUUAGCACUUAAUUUAACUAAAAUUAGCCAGAAAUAUGACAUAAAUGUUAAACAAAACGAAUAAACAACAGUCACCUCAUUGUAUUUUUCAUUGGAAAACAUUGUCAAUCGAUGAAAAAUUCGAUGGUGAAAAGGUACACUUUUAAUUUUUCUGAGAAAUCAACAAAUUAAAAUUUGUGAAUAUGAAUGGAUUUUCGCUUUAUUUGGAGCAAAAUUAACUAAAUAAUGAAACUGUGGUAUAGAAAAUAUAUAAAUAUAAUGAUUUAGUACUGUAUUUAUCGUGAAAACAAUGAUGUUUCCAUUUGGAGUAGCGAAAAAUUUCCAUUUGGAGCAGGUUUUGAAUUAGCUUAAUUUACCCUAGCAUCUAAAUCACGAGUUCGGGCAAUUUGUAAAGCCUGGGACAGUUUGCUAGACUUUUUUGCUUAAUUAUUUGUCAAAGGUUUAUAAACAAUAUUCAAGCUAAGUUCAGCUAGUUUCUUUCGGGUAUUCCUUAUUUGAAAUCUAAAUAAUUUAGCUUAUUUGUAAUCUAACUGCCCUAUCCUCUGUUAUCCAGAUUCCUUGUCGUCUUAAACGGGGUAACACACAUAACUUCUCUAAUUUGUCUAAUUUUCUAAUUGUCUAAACAUACACGAAUCAUAUGAAUUGACAAUUUCAAUCAUUUAACAAAAUUUUGAAAUAUUUCAUUUUUUUCAUAUAAUUCUAUUUUUCUACUGAACCAUAAAGUUCUGAGGCCAAUGUACCUGUUAAUUUGACAGCCCAAUAAAUUAAUUCAUAUAAUCUCACGGAAUUGCAACUGAACAAUAAGUUGUUUUGCUUCUUGCUUUCUUUUUUGAGAGGUUUGUCUCUGAUUUUCCCGAUAGUUCCAUCUGUGAUCGCGGAAGAUGGCUCUCUAAUGAUCUUCUUAAAUUAUCAAAUUCUCAGAAGAGAUGGAACUUUGUGAUAAAGUUCAAACUUAUGACGAGUAAGAGAGUAUCAAUUGUAUUUGUUAUUAACUCAUCUCGUGCAGACCACUGACGUGUGCAAUUAUCUCGAAAGUAGAUGAUGAGCUGUGAAAGAAAAAAUAAUAAUAAUAUUCCAUCGAUCACGUUCUAUUUUUCUGUGAAUUAAUUAGUUGAUAUAUAUUGUGACAUAGAAAGGGAUCAACGUGAGAGACAUUUUGGGCUGGUAAAUAUGCAAAAUAAAACGAGAAUAUCCACUAUACUUUCACAGUAUACCCGGUUUGCUCUCUCUCUGGCAAAUACUCAGCUUGGUGAUCGUGGCGAUUGCUUGGGCGCGCUUUUUGUCUGGCUUAGUCUGUGAUCGUACGCCGUGUUAUACAAGUCGUUUACUCUGUUAUCACUACAACUCAAUUUUGCUGGAGAAUUACCUGUGUGAGGAAAAGUGCAGAAAGUGAAUUUUUCUUAUAAUCGUUUGUUUUAAUCGUUGCUCUUGAAAAACUAUUCAUAGAGAUCACCUGAAGAUCACCCUCGAUUAUGUGAAGAUCGUUGAUUUAUUCGUGUAUUUGUGUAUGACGUGCUCGCAUUUGAAUAAAACAAUGAGAAAAUCCAAGCAUAAUUCAAUGUCACGUGAAAAUGAGUGAGAUAUAAUUGCCUAAAAGAGGCCAUCUGUGAAAUUGUGUUUCACACGAUCAAAAAAAAAAAAGAAUUACAAGAGAAUUUGCAUGAGUGUCACCAUUCUCUGCCUAGAAUCCUCAAUAAUGAUUAAACUCAGGUGUUUUCAUCGUGAAAGGAGCCGAAUUAAAUUAACAGAUGACUCAGCUGAGAAGGUGGUAAUUGAGAAUCCCACAUCAGGACACCAUCCAGUAUUUCAGCAUCAAUCCUCGGUGUCUUCUUGUGCUUCAAUUCAGACGGUGCUUAUGCAGAAUGGUCAGACUAUUGAGAAAAGUGUUAGUUUGCCCCAGCCGGCUCCUGUUCAAAUUCAAGCAUCUGGAAGUCUGAGUUCACUGGCAAAUGGGAGUCUCCAGCAUCCUCCAGCAACUGGUAGUGAAGAUCCUCUGAGUGUGGCUGAUGUAGCUGAUCUUCUGCAUCCUCAAUAUGCUAUUAUUACUGGUGGAAGGUCAAAGGAUGGGUGUCCUUUGAUAACUUUUCCGGACCACAAUAACUUUCAGUCUCUUGCUGAUCAUGACUAUCAGAAACUUAUCUUGUAUCUGACUUCAGUUCCAUCUCUGCAGGAGGCUGACUUGGGCUUUCAUUUGAUUGUGGACAGACGCAAAGAUCGUUGGACGUCGGUCAAGUCGGUCCUACUGAAGAUUUCAGUAUAUUUUCCCGGUGUUGUUCACGUGGUUUACGUGGUAAGACCGGCUGGAUUCUUCCAAAAGGCCAUAUCUGAGGUGAGCUCAAAGUUCUUCAAGGAUGAGUUCAGAUUCCGCCUAAUAGUGUGUUCAAGUCUUGAGGAGCUCCAUGAUCACAUUUCUAAGACACAAUUGACCAGUGAUCUUGGAGGAGAGCUCACAUAUUCCCACCACGAAUGGAUUCAACAGAGAAUUUGUUUAGAGAAAUUUUCAAGUCUCACCCACCAAGUUUCAUGCAAUUUGGAUUCUUUCAUCCGAUCCAUUCAUGACACAGAGUUUCCUAAUUCUGUUGAAGCCACGCAAAAGCUUCUGGAUGAACAAGGAGCUGAGUAUGAAAAGUUGAAGGAUGAUAUUCUGGCAGCUGCAAAACAUGGAGAGGGUCUACUUGAAGAUCUUAAGACUAGGGAUGAAGGUGGAAAGGAAUUUUCUGAAAGAACUGGUAUUAUUAGCUCCAUUGAACGUGCAGGGAGUUUUUAUCUAAAUAUACACCGUCUUGAUGACAGUCGCGAUUACCGCAGACUCCUGGUGCAGCUGGAGGAGACGGAGAGGCGAUUUGAUGAGUUCUGGAAUGCCCAUCUUACACGUCUCAAACAUUGCUUGGAGCUGAGGAGAUUUGAGCAGGACUUUAGGGAGUUACAAAUUAACUUCGAUAGCCACCUAAAGACAGUUUCAGAGAUGACAGAAAUUGGAGAAACUGUCCAGAGAGCUGAUACUCUUGUUAAAGAGACCAAGACGUUCCAGAAAUUGUGCCAAAGUGAUAUUGAUCGUGCUGAGGAGGUAAUCUCAACUGGGCAACAAUUAAUUAGUGCUCGAGGUGCAUGUCCACGAGAAGUUGUCCAACCAAAAUGUGACGAAUUGUCACGUGUAUGCGAAAUCCUGACUGAGCGUCUCUCACGCAGACUCGAGAUUCUCGCCAAAAAUCGCGAUCUCAUGGAGAGAGUUGAGAAAGCGAAUAAAUGGUGUGCCAAAGGUGUUGAACUACUGGCUUCGCAGCGUAUUGAAAAAUGCUCAGUGUCUGCAGAGAUUGCGGAACAGAGUCUUCAAGAGAUUGUCCAAUUCCUGGCAUCAGCGGCAGAAUUUAAACUUUCAAGUCCCAGGGAGUUUAAGAAUGUCUUCCAGGAGAGUACGACACCAGAAACCAAAGCUCUUGUUACCCAGGUUCUGCAAAGGAUUGACGAUGUAUCUUUGAUGUGUGACAAGAGAGUGGCAAGUUUGAAGAAAUUGGCCCUCAAACCACCUCGUCCAGUUCAGACGGUGACUCCUGAACCUGCUGUACCCUUGCAACCACCUGGAGGAGCUCCCCAUCCCUUUCGUACUAGGAAAUCGCCCAAGAUCGAUGGACUCGAAUCGCGGCCACGGUCCAUGGAAGGUCCUCCGGACUCUGGUAUUUCCAUCAACGGCGAUACAGGAUCCAGCCCAGAUAGUGACAACUCUUCUCAGCAGUCUCAAAAUCAAUCGGAUGUUGAGGCCAGGCGACUCAAAAGAGGUCAUGUUCUAGCGGAACUUCUGGACACGGAACGGAUUUAUGUGGCGGAAAUGGGAUCAAUUCUGAAGGGCUAUCGGGAUCAGAUGCUGUCCGAAGAGAUGGCAGCCCUUGUCCCACCUGGACUUCAGGGAAAAGAAGAUGUUCUCUUUGGAAACCUCCAUGAAUUGUACACUUUUCACAGUGAGGUUUUCCUCAAGGAUCUUGAAAAUUGCAUAUCAACAACGGAGCUUGUUGCACUAUGUUUUGUUCAAAGACGUGACACAUUCUACCGUUUGUAUUCGUACUAUUGCCAAAACAUUCCCCGAUCGGAACAGCUCCGUGAAACUCUCGUAGAUACUCACUUGUUCCUGCAGGAAUGUCAGAAGCGUCUAGGGCACAAGCUACCCUUGGCUGCUUAUCUUCUGAAGCCUGUUCAACGGAUCACCAAGUAUCAGCUGUUGCUCAAGGACCUUCUGCGCUUCAGUGAUAAUGGCACUUGCGCUAAGGAACUCCAAAAAGCUCUAGACUGCAUGCUAAUUGUGCUCAAAUGUGUCAACGAUUCGAUGCAUCAGAUUGCUAUUACGGGAUUCCCAGCUGAUCUUUCGCAACAAGGUGAGCUACUUCUACAAGACUCUUUUCAAGUUUGGACUGACAGUAAGAAGGACCUGAGGCUUCGACUGAAAACCCAGCAACGGCAUAUUUUUCUGUACCAGAAAGCGAUGCUUUUCUGCAAGCAAGCUUCAAAGACGGGACACAAUAAGAGCACGUAUCAGUACAAGCAUUACGUCAAGAUGUCUCAAAUCGGACUGACAGAGUCCGUACGCGGAGAUCCAAGACGAUUUGAAAUAUGGCUUCAAGGACGCCAAGAGGUGCAUACAAUUCAGGCAUCUACAGUGGACAUAAAAAAUAAGUGGGUGGCUGAAAUCAAAAAGGUUCUUCUUAAUCAAUUAGAAGAGCUCAAAGGCGAAAAGAUUAAACAGUAUGGCCUCAAUCACAAACAACUACGUCACACGACUUCUUGGGAAACUUCGGUGUCUGCAAGUUCUACUCCACAGAGAACAUUGAGUUGCGAUUCAAGUGACGCCAAUAAGAUCUCCAAUAUCUCUGAAGACUUGCCCCUGCAGACACCAGGUGUGAGUUCAUCUUCGUCUGAACAUGACAACCAGGAAGCUAGUGCUUGGAGUUCUGACUAUUCCAACAGUGAAGAUGAAUAUACCAAUCUCGAAGAUGGAGUUCAAGCGGGUAGUAAGUUUAUCUCACUUGCUGAUUACUGUGCAAUGGGCCACUCAGAAGUCUCCAUGCGAGAAGGUGACACAGUUGAACUGUUGAAAGUUGGUUGUGCUGGAUGGUGGUUUGUUAAAGUUUUAGGGGCCAAUGUGGAAGGCUGGGCACCGGCCGCAUAUUUGGAAUCAAUUAAUAGGAGACCGUCGCGGAUCCGGAGUCAGGAUCGGCUGAAUGAACACUAAGAAUGUUAAGAAAAGCCAAAGCAAUUUCCUUGUCACCUUUUUCCAAAAGAAAGAAGAAAAAAAAACAUAAAAGGUUCUCUUUCCCUGAUUCAAAGACACCCUUAAGACUAUUGAGAGGCAUUUUUCUUGUACUGUAAAGCUCUCGAUGUUCUCGCGCGCUCUAAAACUUUGUAUCUUUUAUCGGAUUGUAAGAAUUUGCACCAUGUUGAUGGAUGUUUCUUGUGGAGUUGGAUUUAUUGUAAGGUUUCUUUAAGUUGAAUUCUAGUCCUCUUUUUUUGUAUUUAGUUAAAGGAACCUAUCGAUUAAGCAUCUAUUUUGAUAAUUUUUCUGUGUCUGUUGGCUUAAAGGUAGAUCAUCUUCAAAGAUCAUUGAGAAAAAAAACAGCUGAAUAUCUUUUAGAAAGUAUUUAUAAUGAUUGUACAUAAAUAAUAUGAGAAAGUAAAUUAAGAAAAUAUAUGAAUAUUAUUGUUAAACAAUUGUUGUAGAUCCCCGUAUAUUAUUAAUUUUAUUUUAACCGACAAAGAGAAAGUAAUUUGAAGUGAUAGAGAUGUUUUUUUCAAAAUUAAUUCAACUUUAUUAAACGUGGUAAACUUUUUUAAAGUCUGAAGCUUUGCUUCUUUUAAUUGUAUAGGUUUUUUUUCUAUUUUUGAUCAAUACAAAAUUCUGUUACAAAUUAACUUUCCUUUGUGUAUUUUUUUUUUACUAUCACAAAACUCCGAAACCCUAAAAGAAAAAGUUAGCUCCUAAGAUAUUUCUAGUAGUUUUUAGAUAAGCUUGAGAAAACUUUCAUACCCAUUAGUUUAUAAAUUUUUUUGAAAGAAAAUUGCGAUAAAAAUGUAAACUUAUGAGCAUUUCCUUCAUGUGAUUGCGAAAUUGUUAAUCUUUUCUAAAAUAUCAAAACAUUGUUGACAUGCACAAUUCACUGUGAAAAAUUCUUCACGCCAAAUAUCCAUUCUUCAGCAUUAAAAAGAAUCAUAUUUCACUAUUUAUAAGGACAAAAUGCGAUGUGAAAGAACAAUUUGAAGAAUAUAGCAUGAAAUUCCAAA